AUGCGUGUCUCUAUUCUUCUUUUGGUCUUUUUAUCGGUCGCUCUUGCUUGUGACAUCAUCGUUCACUUGAAAUCAGAUACCGACAAGAAGUUCAGUGGACAAAUUGUGGCUAGCAAUGGAAAGAAGUCGGAGAGAUGGAGCUACUUGAAGAAACUUCAAAAGAACACUUUCCAACAAAAGGCUGACGAAUGCGGACUCAAGGAUUGGGAAAUCACCACUUGGGAUGAGACCGGAAAGCCAGUUUCCACUGUCAAGGUUACUUUGGAUGGAAUCGGAAGAGUCACUUAUAAGGUUGGAGAUGACUUGAAGGCUGUGCAAAAGAACCGUCAAGGAGCCAUCUGCAAGGGACAAUGUGCUCCAUUGUAA